AUGCCUCCAAGGAGAAGGAAUGAUUUUCUGGAGACAGAGGCAACUGGGGAUGGUUUGAUUCCAGUCAAAAAGCCGGUGAACUCGAGAGAACUGCCUGAGACUACCUUAAUUGAAGAGGAAGUACAGGAGACAGAGACGUGGGCCAGGCCUCUUAUAUACCUUUGGCAGAAGAGAGCACCUAAUUUCAAGGCUGAAAAGGAAUAUAAUGCAGCCUGUGCCAAAAAGGAACCGCACUGUGCUAUCUGCACGCUGCUCAUGCCAUACUACAAGCCAGACAACCAUAACGAUGACAAUUAUACUUUUGGGGAAACAAACUCUGAAGAAACAUUUAUGGGUGAAAAUGAAAAGACAAAACCACUUAUCCCAGAGAUGUGUUUCAUAUAUAGUGAAGAAAACACUGAAAACCAUCCAUCCAAUGCCUUCAUCGAAGAAGAUGGAACAAGUCUUCUGAUUUCCUGUGCAAAGUGUCGUGUACGAGUUCAUGCAAGUUGCUAUGGCGUUCCUUCCCAUGAAAUCCAUAGUGAAUGGCUGUGUUCUCGAUGCAGAAAAGGUGACUGGGCAGCUGAAUGUUGUCUCUGUAAUUUGAGAGGUGGAGCGUUAAAGCAAACUACUGACAAGAAGUGGGCACAUGUAAUGUGUGCCAUUGCCAUUCCAGAAGUCAGAUUUGGCAAUGUCACAGAACGUACACCGAUAGACACAAGCAGAAUACCUUUGCAAAGAUUAAAACUGAGAUUUCUUUGA